UCAUAUCUACUCAACCAAGUACCACAACUUGUAGUAGUAAAAAGUAGUAAAAUCAUUUACCCAUUUUCAAGAUAAAAAAAUAAUAUAUAAUAUUACUUUCUCUCUGUAAUCGAGAACCCAUUUUCAAUGCAAAGUUGCAAACUCCUCCUACUACAUUCAAGUUACACCUCCCAGCCUCUCCACUAAAUACAAAUCCACACCUUUCCAAAUCCCCCCUCUUUCUUCAUUCACUCACAGUCUCUCAUCUCUCUCUCUCUCUGUAUUCAUUGGAGCAGAGCAGUUGCACCAUUCAAUAAACAAAGAAAAGAAGAAGACAAAAGAAGAGAAGGGGUUUAAUCGGCAAGUGUUCAAUUGAUGUAAUCAAAGAGCAGAAUGAAGAAAGAAUUUGUAUUUAGUUUGUUAUUGAUUAGUAUCUUGAUUGUUGUUUCUGUAGCAUCAUCAUCUUCGAUACUGAGGAAGAAUCUGCCGAUACUAUCAUUUGAUGAAGGCUAUAAUCAUCUGUUUGGAGAUGAUAAUCUUGUGACUAAUUCUAAAGACGAUGAUGGUAAAACAGUUCAGCUCUUACUAAACAAAAGAACCGGUUCAGGGUUUGUUUCUCAAGACCUUUAUCUUCAUGGGUUUUUCAGUGCUUCUAUCAAAUUACCAGCUGAUUAUACUGCUGGGGUUGUCGUCGCUUUUUAUAUGUCAAAUGGGGAUAUAUUUGAAAGAAACCAUGAUGAAUUGGAUUUUGAGUUCUUGGGAAAUAUAAGAGGAAAAGAUUGGAAGAUUCAGACAAAUGUUUAUGGGAAUGGAAGCACUAAUAUUGGCAGAGAAGAAAGAUAUGGUCUCUGGUUUGAUCCUUCUCAAGAUUUUCAUCACUACUCCAUUCUCUGGACUCAAUCUCACAUCAUAUUUUAUGUUGAUGAUAUAGCCAUUAGAGAAGUGGAAAGGAGUGAGGGAAUGGGAGGAGAUUUCCCUUCAAAGCCAAUGUCAUUGUAUGCAACAAUAUGGGAUGGUUCUGCUUGGGCUACCAAUGGUGGCAAGUACAAGGUAAAUUACAGAUAUGCCCCUUACGUCGCAGAGUUUUCCAAUUUGGUUCUUCAUGGUUGCACGGUAGACCCGAUUGAACUAUCAUCUCUGACUUGUGAUAUGUCAACCAACAAUGUGGAUUUUGAUAUUUUGAGUUCUGAUGAACAAUCGUUGAAACGUACGACACUGUCGUCUGAUCAGCGGGUUGAAAUGAUGAAGUUUAGAGAGAAGCAUAUGAUGUAUUCGUAUUGUUAUGAUCACAUUAGAUACGCGUCCCCUCCGGCAGAGUGUGUGCUUGAUAGCCGUGUGGCGAAACGACUCCAGCAAUUCGACCCGGUAACGUUUGGAAAACCGCCAACUAGUCACAGGGGUAAAGGCGGCCAUCAUCGUCGUAAUCGUUCUUCUAGUCGAACGGAUUCAGUGGUCACCAUUUGAACAAAGAUUUGUGGUGGUGGUAAAACAUUUUACAACCCUCUAAUGGGUAUCUUUGAAUAACUUGGAUUUUUUUGGUUAUAUUUGUGAAUUGUGAAAGAAAGGCAGGUUAUUAUUUGAAUGAGAAUUUGUGGGAGAUUAAAUAGACUUUUAUCACAUUUGUAAUGAUUAUUUUGAACACUAAGUUUUACCUUCUGCAGGCCUUUUUGAACAUGUGGCUACCAGGCUGGUGCUGUCGUGCUUGUUAACGAUUUAAAAUAUUAUU